CGCGUUCUGAGUACAGGACACAGAACACUUCGGAGCAGACCAGGCAGCCGCAGAGUUGCGCAGUGACUAACUCUGCUGUUCCUUUCUGCGCAGUUCCCACCGGCGGAAUCUUCAAGAUUUCAGCAGCGACGCGGACGACCGGACGAAUUGCUUAUCCUGCCGAAGGUACUGCAGCUCUUCACACGUGCAACUACGAGCACCUCGGACUUACCACUGCAACGUCUGCACUGCUCUGUUCGUGAGACGACAUGACAGCAUGCGGCGUGGCAUCUAUAUAACCUCGGUUAAGCCUGGGCGGACCAUCACUUCGGAGAAGACCAGGCAUCCACAGGGUUGCGCAGUGGCUCACCCGCUGUUCAUUUCUGCGCAGCUCUCGUCCGAUGGACGUGAGGCGAGCGGUUCAUCAUUACCAGCAGCAGCAGCAGCCGGUCGCAGCCCCUGUAGCAGCAGACCCGCCGCAGAUGCGCAGUCCCAUGGCCGACCUCCACGGGGGCCGGCAACGGGCCCUCGAGCUCAGCCUGCACCUGCUCAAGACCUACUCCUACAACGCCGGCCUGCAGCAGACGCACGAAGCCGUCAAGGCAGCCGACCUGGAGACCCUGAAGCCUGCGGUGGAGCCCCCCACGCAGGGCCACGCCACACUGCAGGUUCUGGAGGCCGCCACUCGACCCUUGGGAUCGGCCGUCGCUCCAGUGCAGGCGAACCCGCACUCCAUGGGUCUGCCGGGACACUUGCACCAACAGCCGCAGCACCACCAGCAGCCGCAGCAGCACUCGAGCUCGUCGGGACCCCUGGCUGGCCAACAGCCACCUCCGCAGCCGCAGCAGCAGCACCCGCCGCACGGUGGAUCGCAGCACGGAGGCGGGAGUGACAAGCCCGCCAAGCAGAAGCGCCACCGGACACGGUUCACGCCGGCGCAGCUGCAGGAGCUGGAGCGCUCCUUCUCCAAGACACAUUACCCGGACAUAUUCAUGCGGGAGGAACUAGCCAUGAGGAUCGGACUGACCGAGUCGCGCGUCCAGGUGUGGUUUCAAAACCGCCGCGCCAAGUGGAAGAAGCGCAAGAAGACGAGCAACGUGUUCCGCAGCCCCGGGGCGCUGCUCCCUUCGCACAGCCUGCCGCCCUUCGGUUCGGUGGGCGAUGCCGCGGCGGGGCUCACCUUCGGCUCGGCCUCGGACCCCGGCGGACCGCCGCGCUGGGCGCCGCACGCCAGCAUGUCCCAGAUGGGACACUUGGGACCCGCACUGGCCAGGCAGCCGCCGCUUGGUCCGCCCACGUCCGUGCCAACCAUCGCGCAGGCUGCAAAUUCCUGCAGUCCACCAGACUUCGGAAACUGCUACAACUCGUUACAAUCUUGGAGCAUGCUCGACUCCAACAUGCUAUGGAAUUAGGUCAUGCCAAGCUACAUUUCUAAGUUCCUGCAGAGAAGCAAACUACAACGGCAAGGACAGUCGCACCUCACGUGAAGCUUGUCGUCGGGGUGCCACUCUUUUUCUUUUUUCGUCCACGGUGAGUCAGGAAUGGAGACGCGGAGGUACAGAGAAGCAACUUCCGAGCCUGUCGCCGUCGUGAGUGUGUGUGUGCGUGCGUGCUUGAAUUUUCGUGCGUGUGACGUGACCAUGUUACUGUCGCGUACAAAAAAGAAAGAAAGAAACAGAGAGAAACCGUGGAAAGAAGAGAACAAGGCGAGAAGUGACUUCUUACCCAUCGGUCGGCGGACGAACAAGUUGUGCGUGCAUCGUCUGGCGAACGCAGCCGAUUUUCCCGGACCGGAAAAGACAUCAUCGAUUGUGACAGGAUUGUCCUGGCACAGCUAUCGCAAGCGCCGAUGGAAGCCCACGACACCAUUCUGACAACGCUGUGUAAAUAUACUGCACCACACACUGUUAUUCUCUCUUCUUUUUUCGUCUUCUUUUUUUCCUACGAUCGUCGUUUCUUUGCUCUUUGCUACCCCUGUCCUCUUCCACCCUUAUGCUGCUCUCGGGCGCCACGGCCCUAUUGUCAUGGCAACCUAAGAGGCUGUAGCCAGUCAGCACGGUGGUCUUUUGUUCUCUCUUUAUUUCUAGCGCUGCAUCGUACGUGUCAGUCUUGCGUAUUUGUUUCAUUACGAUGUUGGUUUGUUUUCGUAUCGGUGCCACUGCGCAGUGUCGCCCCGCAAUUCAUAGCGACAAACGGGGGACGCGAGAGAAAAAGAAGGACACAAAAAAAAAACCUGAACUCUGGGCGUGAAGAGGAGAAGAGAGGACAGGCUGUUAGCUUCAGGCGCAUGCGCAGCAAACAUCUGAAGUGGCUAUGUUGUCGUGAAGCGCCUUUCUUUCGUCGUGCGCUUCCUGCAAUCUCACAGCGCCGCCUCCUUUUUGCGUUGCUUUCUUUCGGUCUAUGCCGGCCUCAGGCACUAGGAGAACCGGGCGCCCCUUGAGCAGUUUCUUUUCUUUCUCUCUCUCUCUCUCUCUCUCACUCUCUCUCUCUCUCUUUUCUUUCAACCUCGAUGAGUUCGUUGCAUGUGCUCGGUUCGUUAACGUUGAAAUCAUCCUCAACUCCGUUUCGUGGUCACGCAGUAUUGUUUACAUGUCAGCUCGCCUCUUUAUUUCCUUUUGCACACAUGCAGGCUUGUAAAAUCGACAUAAAGUAAGUUACUUCUGUCUACUUCGAAUAAGUAAUUCCAUUGGUGACCACGGCCUGCACCAGGAGUGUGGUGCUAGCUUGUUCACAACUGACUAUACUGGCUUUGGUCACUAGUGCCACGAAUGUGCUCGCCCAAGCAAAUAACCUAACAUGAAAAAAAAGUGUAUUAGAAAGCUCUUGGCAGCACGACAAUUAACCCACACUUUAAACACAGAACAGGGCUCCAGUUCUGCGUUUGGGGUUUGCAUACACAAGGCGUGUGCAUUUCCUCUGAAAGAAAAUAAAAAAGAGAAAACUAAACUUGUAUUAACAUGAAAAAAAAAAACAGCUGAGCCGAAAGUCUACAUUAAUUUUAGCCGAAAACUGUAAAUCUCGGGAAACAUUGAUUUCUGGUAGAACAAUUUCUAAUAAGCUGAGAAUCCAGCAACGCCUACGAAGUGCUUCCCUCGUGGACAUUAUUAAAUCCGCAAAUAUUUUUUUUCAUUCAUUUAAUCAUCCUUAUUCGGCCGCAGCUCAUACCCUUGUAUGCCCUGAGGUACUAACUCUCGCAUUAAAAAAAGAGUGGAAACACUUAUUUUAGGCGUUAUUAGCCAUUAAUUGAUCAUGUGGUACACAGUCCAGAGUAAUUAAAUAAGGCUUUUCAGCGGGAAACAACGUGUAUUUAAAAAAAAAAAACGUUUUCUUCAAAGUGUAAGAAGCCUCUGCAUGCUCAAACUGGCUUGAUUUUCUUUUUCUAAUUCUCAACUUAAAUGCAAGAGUGUUCACAGGCUCGAGUUGUCUUUUUGCGAUCGCCUGGCUGUGUGUAUCCUAAACGAAAAAUCGCUUAAAUUUGCAGACAUGACUUAGCUGCCAAUGAAAGAUGCGAUACAUGUCCUGUAAAGCUUUUUAUUUCCUACCGUUUUGUGAGAUUAAAGAGAAAGGCGAAGGAGGGAGGAUGUACGGCAGCGCAAAUUACUAAAUGUGAAAUAGAGGCCGCCUCAUACGAGUCCCGAUGACACAAUGAGACUGUAUGUGACCAGGUGUCACAUAAGCAUGCUGCAGUACCUCAAAAGCUUUCAGCGUGCCAUCUGUUAUCUGUUCACGGUGAUCUCUGGUUUCUGAUUCUUUGAACUGUUCUCUUUAUUAUUAUUAUUAUUAUUGUGGACCUGUUUUCUCUCUCACUUCUUCAUGCGCCGUUACGAACCGGCAAAAUAUUUGUGAGUGAAAUUUCGUUCACGCCGAUGUCGUACUGUGUAAAGCGCAGUUUCUUCCACUACUCGCGAGGACAAUGAUCAGUGAACGGACAAACAGGGUUUCUUUGCAUGCAUUUAAUGCUCCGUACUCUUUGAGUCGUUGUUGAAAACACGGAGGUCAUGUUGUUGGUGUCUCUCCUAUUCUUUCCUCUUUGUUUGGGUGUAAUGUUAUGCUGACAAAUUUUGUUUUUAUAUAUAUUAUAGUGUUCCACUGACGGUAUUCAGCAAUAAGUGCAUUGUCCAAGCUCUGCUGUGCUUGUGUUAAAUAUUUGUCGAUGUCUCUCUCUUUUUAUCUGCUUUUUUUCCUGCAAAAUACAAUAUUUCUGUGAUGCUCUUAUUACAAGUUCGCCGUCUAUUCUUUGCGAUGUUUGUGAUAAAAAGCAUAGAUCUUUUUCUUUUAUUUCAUUCACUGUAUAUAAACAGUCUUCUUUGCCCACCAUAAUGUCCUUGGGAAUAAGUGCAUUUUUCAAGCUCUGUUACGUUUACGUUAGAACCUUACCUUUGAAACGCGCUUUUUUUUAUUACUAGUUAAUUUCAUCGCCUUUCCCAUUAUGAUGCUGUGCUUUCAACUUUAGUGAUCCGAAAGACUGACUCUAUAACAAUCUUCACGAGGAAAGUAUUCUGUCAAUGAAGUCUAACGUACGAAAAGUGCACAUUUCGUAAGGUCUGUAAAAUAGUAACACUGCAGCAUUCUCGAAGCUAAAUUAACGGGUGAGCUGUCGGCGCCAGAGUAACUGAGCAGUUUAUGUAUUUCCUUUAAUAAUAAAGUAAUGCGUUAGAAUUAUCGCAGUUAUUUUUCUGAUUAACCUUGCCACGUUGCAACACGCCUUUCCCACUAUUCUGCCUACUUUUUUUUUUAACUUCGUUUCAGUGUCAGCCUUCUUUCCACUAUUUCAAAGAUGUUUUUGUACUCUGUGUUUGUUCAAGCGUUUGCUGUGUCUACAUGACAUACAGCUGGCCGGAAGUGUGCAAUGUCUUUUGUUUUUCUUCAUUACUGUAGGUUUCAAAACCUAACUUGUUCUGUGAGUUCGCUUGUGUUAGAAGCUUUAAUGCAUGAUGGCGGAUUGUAUGCGAGUUUGAUACGUGUAAAAGAAUGUCUCAUCUGUCACUGAGCAUUGAAACACAGCGUGAAAGCAUGGUAACAAUGACCGGUGCAAAUGCAUACGAUGAGCUUGCAUCGGUGCACGUGGAGGUGGAACAGCUGAACGCGUGCGCGGCUUUCUGCGUUUCGCUUCAUCGCCGAUUCUUAACUGUUCUCACCGCCAGAUAAACUUAAUUAGUUCACCAGGCCUUGUUUGCCGUCGUUUCCACGCUGCGUUUAUAAGUUUCUUUACUGAAGGAGGAGGUGCAUGACUUGUUGCAAUCACGUGAUGGAUGUGGGGGUGCGUGUAGCCUUCAUAUUUGUACAUACCGGGUAAAGGAAAGGAGAGUGGCUUCGCUGUGCAUUUCCUUGCUUUUCGCUCACGUGGACCUGUCACAAAAAAAAAAAAAAACAGCAAAGAAAGGGCGACUCUUCGUGGAGCGUCACGCCGCCGUUGGUUAAGCCUACAGCACCUGUGUCCAGCAGACCCGACACCGGGACAUUCCGUGGUAUUGAGGUAUGCGGGGCAUGGUGAAGCGGAAAGACACGAGUGCCCUGGACGUCUUUCUUAGGGUUAAAAGUUCCUCGCCACGAGCCGACAAUAAAAGCAAAGCGUGUGACCCGAAAAAGCUGAGAACAGAA